AUGGGGAGGUAAGAUAUGAUAUUCCGUAGUAAGGGUUAGUAACCUGCCUUUGGUGGUGCGAGUGAGGUUACCAACUUCGUCCUCCGGGUUGGAACGGAAGGCAGCUAAGCGAAACAUGGUUUACAGUACAGAGGUGGCCAUUGCUCAAGGCAUGAGUGAUACAUUGGUGGCGAUCUUCCCCAAGCUGAGUCUACCCGUCGCCACCGGGGAGUGCUAUCCUCGCGUCACUCACAGCGAAUCAUUCGCAAAGUUGUACAUGAAGCUGUUUGCCAAGAGCGCAGACAGCAGAGCGCUCGACGACACCCAGCUCUACCCGUACCCGCUCCAGCAGUCUGUCUACGUCAAAGACUUCCCCUGUCCUUCUCACAUUCUCAUCACCAUGAGAGAUCACUUUCGCCAGGAGUUCACCUUCAACCAGCGGGUUCUGCGUAAAGCUAAGGUCCAGGUGGCUGCCGCUCUACAAGCACUGAACACGGCCCUGAGGGACGCCACCAUAGUCACCGUCCACGUCCGCAGGACCGACUACCUCGCUCACGUCAAAAACUACUACAAGCAAAGUCCUGUCAAAGAUGUGUAUUAUCAACGGGCGUUUAACUUCUUCAGGAACAGGUGAGGGGAGACGUUGAGUUGUUUC